AUGAAUGUUGGUCUUUUGGACAGAGGCGCGCGCCACCAUCACCACUGCCCAGUGGACCUCGGCCACCAGGGGCAGCAGCACGACGCUCGUGCCCGACACCAUCGUCGCUGUGAACACCACCCAGCGCGGGCCCACCGUGUUGGCGACCGGCGCCGACAUGAGCAGCGCCAGGAAGUAGCCCACGCCCAACCCCGCAAGCACGAAGCCCUGCUCCAGAUGACUUCGAAGACGAGUUGUAUGCGUCUUAAGAUUUUUGAAAACAGCAUUGCAACACCUCCAAUCAAGCAAAAAACAUCAGGAGGUGCUCAAAUCAUUAGACUCACCUGUAUCAACCCUAUUACCAUAGUUGAUGCUAGUACAUCUAAUAUCAAUGACAUUACAGAAGUUACGUCUAUAGAGCAAUAUGUUGACGUAGAGAAUAUCUUGCCAAAAAUAAUAUGUAUAGAGGGUGCCGCUGUGACUGCAAAAAAUAUGGCUUCAAUUUGCUUGAAAGAUAGAGGCGCUUUAGCAACUGCUAGCUCGUUGGAUUUAAGACGAAAAGACAAAGAAAUUGGCAGAUUCUGA